CCAGGAGUCUGUGUCGUCUCACAACAGCGUGCCGGAGGAAGAGAUGUCGUCUGAGCCGGUCCCCGAGGCACACCCGUUUGACUUUGUGGCCCCGAGCCUCGCCCCGCGCAGACAGAGCACUCCGGUACUCGCCGGGAACAGCUCCGACAACAGCAACAACAACAGCAGGGCGGUGAAGAAGAGCCCCGUGAGUCAGCGGAAGACGUCUGCCCUGAGUGUCGCAGAGACGUACUCCCUGUCUCCCUCCCCCCCGACCUCCGCCCCCACACCGACCUCUGCCCUCAUAGGGUCUCGGCGGUCGGAGGACAGCACAGCGUCUGACAGCUCAUCGCUGGUGGAGGUGGAUGUGGAGAACAAUGCUGAGGAUUCCUCCCCCAAACUGUGCCACGCCGUGCCCCAGACACAGGACCCAGGCCACUGUCCUUACAUUGGGGACCAUAUGUCACACGCUGCCUCGUCGCCGAGAGCUGGGGAGUCUGACAGGGCGGGCGUUUUGUCGCCAUGUUAUGUCACUUCCUCCAGGGACAGUGGGCGCGUCGUUGACUCGAGGAGCGCGUCGGAUGUAUCCACAGAGAGUGAAGAGACUCCACAACAAUCACCACCACCACCACAACAAUCACCACCACCACCACCACAACAAUCACCACCACAAUCACCAGCACCAGCACCUGAGGUGAGUGACCCCCCGUCUGGCACGACUACCCCGCCCCCCGGCUCAGAAGGCAAAGACGACAACUUUUCCGGGCCCCGCCUCGUGCACACCAUCGUGGAUGAACCAGUCCAGGAAAUUGUUUCUGACACGAUGGUGUCGCAGGAAAUGGCCACGGCCCCACGAAACGCCCCGAGCGUCACACGAGAGAGCCCGGGCAUCAUGGGAGACUCUGCCACUGCAGUGGUUGACCAGGACGGUGGUGUGGGCACAACUGCUGCUACAGAUUCCUUGUCUGCACCGCAGGAUUCAUCGUCUUCAUCAUCAUCAUCAUCAUCUUCAUUUUCAUCGACAUCAUCAUCUGCUCCAGGUCCCCCUGCGGAAAUCUCGACAACAACACCAUCAACAACAACAGCAACAACAACAACAGCAUCAACAACAGCAUCAACAACAACAGCAUCAGCAACAGCGACAACAACAGCGACUGUGGAGAUGGUGGAGGAAGGCCUCACAAGCCCCCCCACCCAAAAGAGGAGGCAGAUCUCGGUGUACAGUGCAGUUGACCUCCCCACCGCGGCCGACCCCGACUUUGUUCUGUGGCUGGAGGAGCAGCUCUUGACUCCGCCCCCCUCCUCCCCCACCUCCCCCUCCCCCUGGUCUGAGAGUGGCGUGUCGCGGCGUGGCGUGUCGCGUUCCUCUGUGAUAGACGUGCUGUGGUGCUACGCGGAGCAGCUGUCUGAUCCGGCGGCCGUGUUCCCGUGCUGUGUCGUGCUCUCCUCCCACACGGUGUUCAUCGAGAGGCUGGUCUCCCUCCCGUCCAGCUUCCCCAGCGUGCCGCAGCUAGAACCGUGCAGUAUCCUGCCCGUCGGGAACAUCCAUCAGAUAAUCGUGGGCCCCUGCCACGCCUACAUGCGCGUAGAGGAAGCCUUUGUGGGGAGGGCGGGCACGUACACGUUGUAUGCCCUCCAGCCCACCGCCGUGAGGACAUUUCUUCACAAGUUGUUGGAAGUCAACAGUGGGAUGGACGUUCGCAACUCUCCGGAUUGUCUGGAUCUAUCCGUUCAGUCGGAUUUGUUGAAAGUGAUAGCGGGGAGGGAAGAGAAGGAUGGUGGGGUGGCGUCGGAUCGCAUCGCUGUGGCUAGUCUCAUCAGACCCAAAGGUUUCCACAACUUCACAUUCCUUGUUCUGUCGGAGAAUGGAGUCUACUGUUUGGAUCGCAGUCUCACCUCAUGGCCUCCUGCCUCCUUCCAAGCCAAUCCAGACAGCUCGAUUCCUUUCAAGGUCAUUCACGAGUUCGCCAUCAUGGACAUGAUCUCUGACAUCAAGCUCCGCCCCCCGGCCCGCCCCACCACACAGACAGAGCCAGGCGUGGCUGCAGAGACAGCGGCGUACGGAGCGCUGGAGUCCGGCAUGACCUUCACCCACUACCAGCUGGACCUGGAGGUUUAUCUGGCUCCGGGGAAAGACGACCUUCUCACCACCGUAGAGACGCUGCCCAAACGCCGCUGCGAGAACGUGUGCUACCACUUCUACUCUGCGGCGUCACGUGACCUGUUCCUUGACCGACUGACCAACCUGAGGGUGGAGCAGGCGCACCGCAUGUCGCCCAGCGUGCGCCAGGAGCCCGAGGGAGGCAACGAGCAACUGCCGCUCCGUGACGCCGCACCACCCCCCUCCUCCCCUCCUCUCAGUGACACCAGUUCUGACAAAAGCCACAGUUUCCGUGGCAACUCUUCCCCGCCAGCUCGCCUGCCCGGCCACCGUGACUCGGGCUACAAAAGUCCUGAUGACUUGUCUGCUGUGUCCAGAUUGGUGUCUGGGUCUGGGAGAAAAUCUGGAUCAGAAACAAAAGAAAUCCUCGCUCGCUAUGUGGACAGCGGUGUCCUUGAGAGAGAUCGGAGUCCCGCGAUAGCCGUGCAGACGGCCGGUGUGGUGGGGGUGUCGUCUGCUCUCAAGUCUGCCGACCUGGCCAGUGUGAGCGCGUCUGUGGUGUCCGACCGGUCCCUGGGAGCUGGGUCUCUCACAGACACUGACCUUUGCCCCGACCUGACCCUACCCCAGCGGGUCGCGGGCGACAGCUCUAGCUACCACUCUUCCUCCCUCAAGGACGACCUCUCAGUGUCGCCCAUGUCCAACUUUUCCCGUGCCAGCAUCAGCCCUCCCGUCCCUCACGAUGACACGCACGCCACACACCACCACUCGCAGCGCGCCACACACGCCAGGCCCUCUCGUCACGUUUGUCAGGACAACGUGGCCAAAGCGGACUCGCUGCCGUCGAGCUACGAGUGGAGGAAGUACUACUUCAAGUCGCCUCCCCUGGACGGAGAAGUGGAGAGUUGUGUGGCGGUGGCGUCCGCCGUCCCUGGCUUAGUCGGUGUGAGGGACAGCCGGACAAUCCUGGAGGAUGUCGAGUCCAGCUCAGAGAUGGAGAACGGUCACAAGUAUGACGUGUCCUUGACUACCGAAGACAGUUGUGUCGUGGAAACAGAACUAGAAGGCUACCUCAAACGCUGCGUCAAAUCGUACGACCUGAUCCACCCCCUCCCCACCAGACUGAAGCCUCUGGGGCUGAUGAGUGGCCGAGAGCUGCGCAAGUUUUUCCACUCGGUGGUGGCGACGAAGCACGUGAGUGAGGCGGGGAAACACGGGAGUGAGGGGGGGGAGGGCCUAGCGGAGGAUCUGCACCACGUGUUGUGGGCGUACGUUGUCCCGUACAGCAACCCGCGGCAGGAGAUCCCCACACUGGUUAUGGUGAGUACCCGCGCUGUCUACCUCGUCUCCGACACCAGCGUACAGACCCCCGGCCACUCCAGGCCCUCCUGGAUGACCCACGCCCGCAACCAAUCAGAUUCUGCGUUUGCCUGGAAGACGGCGGCGCUGGCGGGGGGGUCGGGAGGCUCUAGUCGACCCAUGGUCAAGCCGUACUUUGUUUUCCGGUUUGAAGAUCUGGAACAGGUGAACGUGGGACUGUUUGACCAGUGUGUGCGGCUCACGGGCUCCAACGAGAACUGUGUGUUCACCGUGGCCACACGGGACAGGGUGGUCACCGAGACGUUCCUGCACAAACUGAAGCACGUCCUGUCUCUCACCGUCUCCUCCCCGAUGGCGGAGCGCAGCAGACAGGAAGUGGAGCAGGACUUCUACCGCGACAGCUCGCAGCGCACAAAAUCCACGAUCGACGGCCACGUGUACACACACCCGAGCCAGGUGGAGUUUGUUUACCCAGGCGAGGACACCAUACAGGACAUGUUGUACCUGGUCAGUGAGCGGGUGGGGGGCGGGCCGCGCAGGUCUGGGUCGUCCUCCGUCAGCGAACCGACGUCGCUCUGGUUCUACCUGCUGUGUUAUCUCCUCCCCUCGGACGACGCUGCCCCGACCUCAGAACGGACGCGGCCGCGGAGCGUGAUUGUGACCGCCACACAUCUGUGUCUGGCCGAGGAGGACCUGGUCACCUACCCGCUGCCCGACUUUGUGAGAGGCCUCCCGGAGAACCCGUGCCAGGAGAUCGUGGAGUGCCGCAGAAUCGACAGCUUGAAGCGUGUGCAGCUGUCCCACGCUAACCCCCACACCGUCUCGCUGGUGUUUGCCGACGAGGUGGACGGGAUCGUGGUGGACGUCUCCAUGGAACACUUCGCUCACGCACGCCCGGGGGGCAAAGGUCGCCUGAAGCCCAGCCCGGAGGUCGCCAUCCGCUUGUUCAUCCAGAGCUCUCGGGAGAAGGACAAAAUGGUGGCCGUGAUUGAGAGACUGUGGAAACAACAGGUGGCUCAGGUGGGCCGCAUUCUGGACGUUAGUAAAGUCUAGCUGUGUGGGGGGAUGUGUGGGUGUGUGUGUGUGUGUGUGUGUCUCUCAGGUGGGCCGCAUUCUGGAUGUUAGUAAAGUCUAGCUAUGGGGGUGUGUGGGGGGAUGUGUGUCUGUGAGAGUGUGUGUUUGAGUGUGUUAAUCGACUGCCCAGUGUAAGAGUCCUUCAUGCAUCAGUUUCCCAUAACGCCGUAGAGUGGAGUGUGCACGUAGCUGUGACUGUGGUCAGUUGACACUGCCGGUGCAGUCUGUCUGUUCACACUGCCGGUGCAGUCUGUCUGUUCACACUGCCGGUGCAGUCUGUCUGUUCACACUGCCGGUGCAGUCUGUCUGUUCACACUGCCGGUGCAGUCUGUCUGUUCACACUGCCGGUGCAGUCUGUCAGUUCACACUGCCGGUGCAGUUUGUCUGUUCACACUGCCGGUGCAGUCUGUCUGUUCACACUGCCGGUGCAGUCUGUCUGUUUGACGGUGCAGUCUGUCUGUUCACACUGCCGGUGCAGUCUGUCUGUUCACAACCUGCGUCUCUACCAUCAUCCCUGUGACCACGGAACCCCUGAUUCCUUGAUCGUUGAAAAUGGCACGGAACCCCUGAUUCCUCGAUCGUUGAAAAUGGCACGGAACCCCCGAUUCCUCCAUCGUAAAAAAUGGCACGGAACCCCUGAUUCCUCGAUCGUUGAAAAUGGCACGGAACCCCCGAUUCCUCCAUCGUUGAAAAUGGCACGGAACCCCCGAUUCCUCCAUCGUUGAAAAUGGCACGGAACCCCCGAUUCCUCCAUCGUUGAAAAUGGCACGGAACCCCUGAUUCCUUGAUCGUUGAAAAUGGCACUCAAAUAAUUGAAUAAAAGAGGGCAUUUUAUUUUGCUUUUAAACCUUGGACUGAAAUAAUUGUGAUGAUUUAGUUGUUGUCGUGGCACAGACGGACAAAGUGUUGGGCUCAAACCUUGACAAAAGUUUCCGUUGUUGCAUUCCCUCGCUUUGUCUUCAAACUCUCCGUAGUCACCUCUUUUUUUGUCCUGCAGUACUCUCAUUACUUUAUUUCUUCCUCUUUUUUCUGGGAUAAAAGGUGAAGGUCAGAGACAGAUCAUUCUCCUGUCGUUUGCGUCUGUAGAUCUAGUUCAUGAUCGUAGAAUCUCUCCCCCCCCCCAUGCUCUCUCCCACCUCCCAGACUCUCCUUGCCAAAAGUCGAUUGACGUCCGUAUUUGUCCAUUUCUCUUUACUCAGCUGAUCGUUGUAUAUUACAAAAGCAUAAUUGUGUGUGAGGUCAUGUCUACAAGUACCGUGGACGCACUGGGUGAGUGGUUCUGUGUCCAACUGAGUAGAUUUAUGGGUGAGUGGUUCUGUGUCCGACUGAGUAGAUUUAUGGGUGAGUGGUUCUGUGUCCGACUGAGUAGAUUUAUGGGUGAGUGGUUCUGUGUCCGACUGAGUAGAUUUAUGGGUGAGUGGUUCUGUGUCCGACUGUGUAGAUUUAUGGGUGAGUGGUUCUGUGUCCGACUGAGUAGAUUUAUGGGUGAGUGGUUCUGUGUCCGACUGAGUAGAUUUAUGGGUGAGUGGUUCUGUGUCCGACUGAGUAGAUUUAUGGAUGAGUGGUUCUGUGUCCGACUGAGUAGAUUUAUGGGUGAGUGGUUCUGUGUCCGACUGAGUAGAUUUAUGGGUGAGUGGUUCUGUGUCCAACUGCCAGUCGUAGGACAAACAUCAACAAGUACUCAUUCCUCCCCCCCCCCAUCUACAUAUGACUGUCCUCAGCAAUGUUCUCAGUUGUGUAGACACAUGCCUCAUAAACGCUGAAUCAACAGAACCAUGCCUUAGACUAUAAACACCUCUCUUCUUGCACGCGGCUAAGGAAGGAUUUUUCUGUCGCUUCUUGAAGUUUGGAAGCACAGUCAGAAGUUUGUCCCCUCCAGUUCUACUUCUUCUCCUAGUGUCUCGUGCUCCCAGGGAGUGGUUUCCUCAAUGGGAAUAGACAUCCACAGAUUUUUAUUCAUCCAGUGAUGACGCAAUUUUACAUGUUUUUUAUAUUUUUUGGAGAAAUGCCAGUAUUUCUUUGACUCCUUCUAGAGCUUUGAGGAUGAAAUUGUUCUGAUGUAGCCAGGAUGAGAUUUUUGUUUUGUGAAAGAAACAGAUCUUUGUUAUUGCUAUUGUUAGUGAAAAUGCAUGCCAUGUUUCUGCAGUUGCGUUUAUAUUGGAAAGUUUAUGCAGUUUCUGGUCUGACUUCCCGCCAUGUUUGUUCUGUGUGUGUGUACAUGUUUGUGUUCUCUGUGUUAUUAUUGUUACUAUUAUUAUUAUUGUUUUUGUUAUUAUUGUUACUAUUAUUAUUAUUGUUAAGAUUCAAGUGAAGAGAGCAUGUAUUGUAGCGUCGACGUCCAUCAGCACAGGGAGAGCUGUAACUGUCGCAGACCUGUCAUCUGUAACUGUCCCAGACCUGUCGUCUGUAACUGUCGGGGAUGUGUCGUGUGUCAGUCUGUUGUGUAAAUAGCUCCCAGUAUUCUAUCACUACUUGUCUUUUCCACUGCCAGGCUGUGAACUUUGAACUUGUGUGAACUUUGAACUUUCCUCCAGUGAAGACUUCCAGGAAGACAUCCGUGAAGUGCGGCAAUAGUCAUGAGUCUCAGGUCAAGGAACUACUGUCGGAAUUGUCCACGAGGGUGUGUGUGUGUGUGUGUGUGUGUGUGUGUGAGAGAGAGUUAUGUGCAGGGUGACACUUUUGCGUGUAUGUAGGGGCGUGUCUCUCUUCCUGACUCCCGUGGAGAUUCAACAGUUUUCAAAUUUGUAGAUUUUUAACCGAUGCCGAUUUUUAAAAGUCUAUCUUGUCUUUUACCAUGAAUUGUGCAAACCCAUUCCAUAAAUUUUAUGUUUUUAUGUCCGUAGUCACUUGCCAUUUGAACAUGACCUCAUCUGAGAACUUUACUCAAAUUACAGAAUUUUUCCAGAAAAAGAUUUUUGAUGAAAUUGGAACUGACUCGAGUUCCCUGUACAACUACUACUAUGUGUCUACUUGACUACCAUGUGUCUACUUGACUACCAUGUGUCUACUUGACUACUAUUUACAACUACUACUUGACUACUAUGUGUCUUUCAUUUUGUCGUUUUAUUUGGGGUCAUGUGGGGUCACGCUUUUCAAUUUUUUUUUGGAGAAAACUUGAAGAGAAGGGAAAGGAAACUUUCCCCCGCUACUUUUAUAUAUGACCUAAUUGUGUUGCAGCUGCUGCAAAACUUUUACUAAAACAACUUUUCGUUUCACUUUGGAUUUUUACCCGUUCACUUGUGUGUUUACCUGUCAAAUGUAACAUUUGUAUGAAGUUACACUUAGGAAAGUCUGUAUUGAACUACCCCGUUGCGGGAUGGAAAGAUCUUUCUCAGAGAGAUUUCCAUUGUUCUAUUUCUGCACGUGUCCCGUUUGUGAGGACUUUGUGUCCAGUGCCAGUUGAUCGCGAGGACGGAAGUCCUAGUUCUUGUCUUCUUGGUCAGAUGGUUGUUGGUGAGGACGGUGCAGUGGAUGGUUGGCGGGUGCUCUGGUGUGGUCUGCUCCUUCUUUCUCAUCAAACAUCUAUCAUCAUUAUCUCUCCUCCUUUUUUUUUAAUCGAACAUCUAUC